GCCGACUCGGGGUCGGGGCCAGCCGGAUAGGAGCGGAGGUCCAGAGGCCAGUCUGGACCCGAGCGGGGGGCCAUGGAGAAAGCGGCCCGAGGCGCUCUUCACACCAACUAGCUCGGGCCCGUUGCGGCUACAGGCGCCAUGGAUCGAGCCCCCACAGACCAGAAUGUCAAGCUGUCAGCUGAGGUAGAGCCAUUUAUUCCUCAGAAGAAGAAUCCUGAUACCUUUAUGAUCCCUAUGGCUCUCCCAAAUGAUAAUGGAAGUGUUUCUGGUAUAGAACCAACUCCAAUUCCCAGCUACCUGAUUACUUGUUAUCCAUUUGUGCAAGAAAACCAGUCUAAUAGUGAGGAAAGGCUCUAUGCUUCAGCUACCCACUCCCUAGGACUCUUCAUUCAUCAGCAGCAGCCUUUGGUGAGGAAGCUACUGGGACAGGAAGAAUCUUGCUGUGAGGAAGCUGCUGGGACAGGAAGAAUCUUGCUGGUGCUUUAUAGAAACCACACUAGAAGAAGUGUUGCUGGGCAUAAGAUACAAUUUCCUUUAUAUAACAGUGAUAUACGAUGGCAACAGCCCAAUCCAAACCCUACUGGAGGACCAUACCUUGCCUACCCCAUUAUAUCUGCUCAGCCACCUGUUUCUACAGAGUAUACAUAUUAUCAGCUGAUGCCAGCACCAUGUGCCCAAGUUAUGGGUUUCUAUCAUCCUUUUCCUACACCUUACUCCAAUACGUUCCAGGCUGCAAAUACUGUAAGUGCUAUAACCACAGAAUGCACGGAACGUCCAAAUCAGCUUGGACAGGUCUUCCCAUUGUCCAGUCAUCGAAGCAGAAAUGGUAACAGAGGGUCAGUGGUACCAAAACUUAUACAACAGCAUAUAAAAAGCAAAAAGCCACUGGUGAAAAAUGUAGCUACUCAGAAAGAAACAAAUGCAGCAGGUCCUGAUAAUCGAUCAAAGAUUGUGCUCCUGGUAGAUGCUUCUCAGCAAACUGAUUUCCCAUCAGAUAUUGCUAACAAGUCUCUCUCAGAGAGUACUGCCACAAUGCUCUGGAAGUCCAAAGGCAGAAGGAGAAGAGCAUCCCACCCCACUGCUGAAUCCUCUAGUGAGCAGGGAGCAAGUGAAGCCGACAUUGACAGUGACAGUGGUUAUUGCAGUCCCAAACACAGCAACAACCAGCCCACAGUGGGGGCUUUGAGAAAUCCUGACUCUGGGACCAUGAACCAUGUGGAAUCAUCUGUAUGUGCAGGUGGUAUAAAUUGGUCCAAUGUAACUUGCCAGGCAACUCAGAAAAAACCUUGGAUGGAAAAAACCCAAACAUUUUCUAGAGGUGGAAGGCAAAUUGAACAAAGAAAUAAUUCACAGGUUGGAUUCAGAUGCCGAGGACACAGUACUUCCUCUGAAAGAAGACAGAAUUUGCAAAAGAGACAAGAUAAUAAACAUUUAAACCCUAGUCAAUCCCAUAGAAGUGACACAAAUUCUGAGUCUUUAUAUUUUGAGGAUGAAGAUGGGUUUCAAGAACUAAAAGAAAAUGGAAAUGUUAAGGAUGACAAUAUUCAACAGAAACUUUCUUCAAAAGUAUUGGAUGAUUUACCUGAAAACUCCCCAAUCAAUAUAGUUCAGACUCCAAUUCCCAUUACCACCUCAGUCCCUAAACGUGCAAAAAGUCAGAAGAAGAAAGCUUUAGCAGCAGCCCUUGCCACAGCUCAAGAAUAUUCAGAAAUAAGUAUGGAGCAAAAAAAGUUACAGGAAGCUUUAUCAAAGGCAGCUGGAAAAAAGAAUAAAACACCUGUACAGCUAGAUUUGGGGGAUAUGUUAGCUGCUCUGGAAAAACAACAACAAGCAAUGAAAGCACGUCAAAUUACUAAUACCAGACCUCUUUCAUAUACAGUGGUUACUGCAGCAUCUUUUCACACUAAAGACUCUACUAACAGAAAACCUUUAACCAAAAGUCAGCCUUGUUUGACAACUUUUAAUUCUUUGGACAUUACUUCCUCUAAAGCAAAAAAAGGAAAAGAGAAGGAAAUCGCAAAACUAAAACGACCCACAGCACUUAAAAAGGUUAUCUUGAAAGAAAGAGAGGAAAAGAAGGGGCGUUUAACUGUGGACCACAGUCUUUUGGGAUCUGAGGAACCAACCGAAAUGCACUUAGAUUUUAAUGAUGAUUUGCCGCAGGAGAUUGUUUCCCAGGAAGAUACUGGACUGAGCAUGCCCAGUGAUACUUCACUCUCUCCAGCAAGUCAGAACUCUCCGUACUGUAUGACACCUGUGUCACAAGGUUCUCCUGCUAGUUCUGGGAUAGGCAGUCCAAUGGCAUCUUCAACAAUAACCAAAAUUCACAGCAAAAGAUUUAGAGAGUAUUGUAAUCAAGUUCUUUGUAAAGAGAUUGAUGAAUGUGUGACUCUUCUUCUCCAAGAGCUUGUAAGUUUCCAGGAACGCAUCUACCAAAAGGAUCCUGUGCGAGCAAAAGCGAGGAGACGACUGGUUAUGGGCCUAAGGGAGGUUACCAAACAUAUGAAGUUAAACAAGAUCAAGUGUGUUAUCAUUUCUCCAAACUGUGAAAAAAUCCAGUCAAAAGGUGGCCUAGAUGAGGCUCUGUAUAAUGUUAUAGCCAUGGCACGGGAACAAGAAAUUCCUUUUGUGUUUGCCCUUGGAAGAAAAGCUUUAGGACGUUGUGUGAACAAGCUGGUUCCUGUUAGUGUAGUGGGAAUCUUCAACUACUUUGGUGCUGAGAGCUUGUUUAAUAAGUUAGUAGAACUCACUGAGGAAGCCAGGAAAGCAUAUAAAGAUAUGGUUGCAGCAAUGGAACAAGAGCAGGCUGAGGAAGCCUUAAAGAAUGUGAAAAAGGUACCACACCACAUGGGGCAUUCUCGGAAUCCCUCUGCAGCAAGCGCAAUUUCUUUCUGCAGUGUUAUUUCUGAACCCAUCUCUGAAGUAAAUGAAAAGGAAUAUGAAACAAAUUGGAGAAACAUGGUGGAAACUUCAGAUGGACUGGAAACAUCAGAAAACGAGAGAGAGGUUUCUUGUAAGCACAGCACUUCUGAAAAACCCAGUAAACUUUCAUUGGAUACAACCCCUGUUGGUAAGCAGCCACCGUUAUUGGCUACGGGCAGUACUACCUCAGCUAUAAACCCUGGGAAAUCCACAGCAAGCGAUAAAGAGGAAGUGAAGCCAGACGACCUGGAAUGGGCCUCACAGCAGAGUACAGAGACUGGCUCUUUGGAUGGCAGUUGUCGAGAUCUUUUGAAUUCCUCCAUCACUAGCACCACCAGCACUCUUGUACCUGGCAUGCUUGAAGAAGAGGAUGAUGAAGAGGAGGAAGAGGAGGAAGAUUAUACUCAUGAACCCAUAUCUGUAGAAGUGCAGCUCAAUAGUAGAAUUGAGUCUUGGGUCUCAGAGACCCAGAGAACUAUGGAAACCCUUCAGCUUGGAAAAACCCUUAAUGGUUCUGAGGAUGACAAUGUGGAGCAAAGUGGAGAAGAGGAAGCAGAGGUGCCUGAGGUGCUGGAACCUGGGAUGGACAGUGAGGCAUGGACUACUGACCAAAAAGCCAGUCCUGAGCAGCAGAAGUCCAGCAACUGCAACUCAGUGAACAAAGAGCACUCUGAUUCUAAUUAUACACCCCAAAAUAUAUAACUCAGGAAGUGUCAGCUGUCUGUCUCUAACUGUGUAAGGGUUGCGCCAUUACCUUUUAUGCUUCAUCUCAACAUUUUGCACUGUCUUGUAUUUAAUAUAUGUAUUUAAUUCAUGACAAA